AUCCAAUGAUAAAUGAUGCAGCUUUAUGUGGCGGUUGAUAAUGACAUCAAGACAUUGUAAACAUUUCUCAGUUUGCCAUAUAAAAAUCCCUUGAACCUCUGCAGACACAGACUGAUUCAAGCAAACACUCAGUUGCAAAGUAGUCCUAGUUUGGGAUUUCAUCAUUUGAAACAAUGGCAGUCUGGAAUGUUUACCUGUCUCUCUGCCUUCUCUUUGCUUUGAGUGGUGCAGAGGAAAUACAGCAUCGAAGAGCAGCCAGACACAUUUGUAGAAACUGUCCAGCUGAGUGGUCUGAAUAUAAAUGUAGAUGCUUCAAGUUUUUCAACACCCCAGUCACCUGGAUUGAAGCAGAGAAAACCUGUUUGUCUUCUGGUAGUAACCUUGCUUCUGUCACCGACCAUGAGGAGUACAUUUUUAUACAGAGCUUGAUCCGACGCCUGACUCAUAAUUCUCCAAGAACCUGGUUAGGAGGCAAUGAUGGAGUUUCUGAGAACUCAUGGCUUUGGAGUAAUGGUAAACAAAUGACUUUCAAACUUUGGGCCCCUGGAGAACCCAGUAAUUCUAGAGGUCAUGAGCACUGCCUUGAGAUGAACUUUGGAGAGACAAAGAACUGGAAUGAUUUGAACUGUUCUAACAAGAGGCCUUUUGUGUGUGGCAUAAACUGAACAUCAGCCUCACCUUUUGUCUCACUUUAAAUGUUAGACCAUUUAAAUGUUAACUGUUCAGAGGAGCUCAAUAUAUGUGAAGCAAAUCACAUAAAGUUUUUUUUUUUCUUCUUCUUCUUCUGAGAAUCUGUCUUGCAGCACAAAUAAGACAGGUAGGCUUGUUGCUUCAACCUGCAAGUAAGAUCGCCAAAUAUCUCAUGGCUAUCUAUCAAGCAGUGGUAGCAGUGUCACAGCAAACAGAAAAAACAAAAAACACAUUCUUAAGUAUUUUUGUCUUGUUUCCCAGUAAAAAUAUCUAAAUAUUCUUAAAACUUACAAAAUUGCAUAAGAUAUUUUGUCUUGUUUUCAAAUAAAUCUAACUAUAUUUAAUGAAGUUUGUGCUUAAAACAAGAAAAAACUAUUUGCCAAUAGGGUAAGAAACAUAUAUAUAUAUAUAUUAAAAGGCAGUUUAUUUUUCUAACCCCAUUGCCAUUUUUUUCUUCUUGUUUUAAGCAUAAAGUUUACUAAAUUUAAUCAGAUUUCUCUGAAAACAAGACUUUAUAUAAUGCUUAAUCUAACUAUAUGUAAUUUUGCUUGUCAAGUAAAUUGAUCAUGUUUUAUGAAUAUUUCAAUAUUUUUACUGGAAAACAAGGCAAAAAUAUUAAUUAAUGUGCAGUGUAAAUGUGACAUGUUCUUCCAUACUUCAUCAAAAAUUACUUUACAUGCAGUUUUGCUUCAUACUUCAUUUUAAUUGAGAGACUACAUGGAAUAUUUACACUUUAAAAAAAAAAUCUUUGUCAUAAAGCAGCAGCAUAAUUUAAAUUAACUGCAGAAAAGCUUAAAGGUGAUUGAACAUGCUGAAUAUCAAAUAUACUUACACUUUCACUUACACGUUCCUAGAAUUUUACCUCAAAUCUUUGCUGAAAAAAAGUUAAUGUCCAAGUAUUUUUGCCAUGUAAAUACUACCACAUUUAUAUAAAUAUUACAUAAAAAUCAGUGUUUGAAGUUGCAAAUAAAAUAUUUGCCAGUGUUAAACCGAAAUAGACUUUAUUCACGCUAGCGCCAUCUUUGAUUUUUAAUGGGAAUGACAACGUGGCUGUGAGGGAUAGACUCACAGUCUCUUCAGUGGCACGAACGGUAUAAAGCUGUAUAAAGCUCCUAGAUAACAUAUGAUUUUCCACAACUCAAAGAUGGCGAUAGCAUGAAUAAUGUCAGAGAUUAUUUAGCAGAGAUUUUAGCAGAGAUGGGCCACUUUUAUUAAAAUGAAUUGGAGAAAUUGGAACGUUCAACCAAGGAGCACUGAGCGCCCAACAGUCAACGGAUGAAGAAAGGAAGUCACUUCUGACACCAGCUUAGCUGGGAUAUGCAAAAGAAAAAAAAAAAAAAUUUCACUGUAUAUGUGCAAAUGUAUAAUGUGUGACAAAAAUAAAGGCUUCUAGGCUUCUUCUAGAUACAGA